AUGGCAGGCACUAAAGUUUUAGCUAUGGCUUUUGUUGUUCUCUUGGGCAUUGGAUUAGCCAAGGCAGCGCGGGUGUCCAGGCUCUCCGAUGCUCAAGGGAGUGGAGGGGGCGGGGGAGGUGGAAUUGUGGACGGCAGUGGCUCAGGAUCCGGGAGUGGCACCGCAUCCAGCCGGGUCGUUCCGAACGAAGGCCAUGCGAGUGCCGGAGCUACCCAUGCAGUCGCCGGAGCUGGAGGCAGCGGCGGUGGCGCGAGCCAGUACCGUGGAUCCGGAAGUGGAGCCGGGUAUGGCUCCAGCACCGCUUCUAGCGAGUCAGCUGGAGGAGUAUUUGUUGCUUUCCCUGGAUAUUCUAGCGCUGAUGGUACCGGCGGCGGCGGUGGCGGAGGACAAGCGGGAGGUUACGAUGGAUCUAGUGGUCAUGGAGAGGGCAGUGGCACCGGCUCCGGUUCCAGCUCCGCCAAGUCUACCUAUUAUGGAGGAGAGGAUGCAAAUGCAAGUGUUAAGGGUAGUGGAGGUGGCAAAGGAGGCGGCGAAAAUGGUGGGAGCGGCGGCGGCGGCGGGAGCGGAUCCGGAAAUGCCGAAGCAAACCCUUAA